AAACUUUGUUCCCACGGAUCGAAGACAGAGGAACAGACGCCGAGCAAAAGGGAUCUGCGGACUGACAGCGUCUGAAGAAGGGGAGCGAGAGAGAGACAGAGAGAGAGAGAGAUUAUAAACUGCGUUUGGAUACGACACGAGUGCUGUUUUCCCUCACUGCCGUCCCGGAAGAGGACAGGAUGACCCAGCCCUGCGGAAAGGGGUACGGCGGCAUGGAGCUGCUGGACCUGCUCUUUGAUCAGAACGACGGAAUCCUGCGUCACGAGGAGCUCGGCUACCAUGGCAACCCCAGCUGGCCAAUCGCAGAGCACAGCGCCCUGAGUCCAGCCUGUUCUGCUGAUGACUUCCUGGACUCCCUGCUGUGCGCCAGCGACUCGGCCUCUGCCUCGCGCUCCCCGGUGUGGUCCCCCUCCCCCAGCGACAGCGGGAUCAGCGAGGACCCCCCCUCGGAUCAGCUCGACAGCCCCCCGCCCCCAGACAGCCCCCCCUUCGAGCCCCGCUUCUUCCACGCUCAUCCUCACCCCCCGCGUCGGUCUCAGGACAGCGUGGAGCCCGACGUCUUCAUCGACCUGGAUGGCUGGGAAGCGGGAUUCUUCGCGGAGCGCAAGCCGUCCCUCCUGCCAGAGCACGCCGUCCCGCUGACCGUGAAAGACCUGCUGCUGUCCAGCACCGCUGACACUGUGAGUGAGCACCGAGUGUGGAGGAGAGGGAGAGAGAGAGAGAGAGAGAGAGAGAGAGACAGCACCGCUGACACUUCUCAGCAGGCCUCCCAGCCGUCCUAUCAGGAGCUGAUCCUCAACGAGGACGAGAAGAAGCUGCUGACCAAGGAGGGCGUGAGUCUGCCCAGCCAGCUGCCUCUGACCAAGCACGAGGAGAGGAUUCUGAAGAAGAUCCGCAGGAAGAUCCGGAACAAGCAGUCGGCUCAGGAGAGCAGGAAGAAGAGAAAGGAGUACAUCGACGGGCUGGAGGGCAGGAUGGCGACCUGCAGCGCGCAGAACCAGGAGCUGCAGAGGAAGGUGGCCCAGCUGGAGAAGAACAACAUGUCUCUGCUGGAGCAGUUGCGUAGAUUGCAGUCGCUGGUCAUGAACAGUUGCAACAAAACAGCCCAGACAGGGACCUGCGUUCUGGUGCUGGUGCUCUCCUUCUCCCUGCUCCUGUUUCCCAGCCUACAGCCGUUCUCUCUCAGCAGACCCAGCGUGGAGGUCGACUUCAGCGCAGUCAGAGUCCAGUCGCGGUCACUGCGCUCUGUGGUGGAGGGUCAAAGGUCGGCGCUGCCCCCCUUCUCCGUGGACAGAGGGGUGGAGGCGGUGUCCUCACUGCUCUCCAAGCUGCAGCUGAGGCAGGGCCCGGGCCCCUACCCCGACCCCGACGCCGACCCCGUCCCGCACAACCACAGCCUGGAGGAGCGGGGCCAUCUCCACGGCGACCCCAUCACCGGCCACGUCGCCACGGUGACCUGGACCGCCCACCGGGGCUCUCCGCACGCCGACGGCAUGUAGCGGACCGCGCCGGGCGCCCAGGGCCCGAGAGGCCGCCUCAGGUUUCCACGGCGACCCCCUUACCUUCAACAGGCGACGCCUGCCCCGACAGGAGGCCGCAGAUUACCCAUCAUGCCCCGCAGCGUUCCCGCGCCUUGUGAUGCUUAACUUGCACUGCUGUCCUCCACAGAGGACGCACACGGCAGUGGCCAAAUGUUGUUUGCUAUCCGGUUAUGUCGCACCUUCCUUAGCGGGACAUUCUGUUUAUUUUAUAUUGUGUAUCAGAUGUACCCAGAUUUUAGACUGACGUGCCCAUAACCUCAAAAAAGGACUUCUUUACGGAAACAUGCUUAUGGAUGAGAACAGGUGGAUACAUUUAUUGGCAGAUAUGCUCCUUUCAAAUGUUAUUUACGUCAAUUUCCAUAAGUGAAUGACCAGGCUCUAACAAAUAAUGCCUAUCCCCCCUUCCCCCCCCCUUUCUUCACUUGGCAUGACGAAAACUGAUAAAUUCAUUCUCUCAAGCAAGGACACACCUGUCUCCAUUUUGCUUAUGGCAAAACUACUUGCGGGAGAGGAUACUUUUUUUAAUCUUGAUUGUAGGAAAUAGUACAUGAGCCAACUUAGUUAAAACAGGUAAAGCUAAGUUUUAUUUUGAUGUAGAUUCUUUGUAUUACUAUUACCAUUUGAAAAAAUAUAUGUAAAUUGUAAACGCUGUAAAAUACAUUAAUUCUAUAAAUUAAUAAAGCUGUUAAAACAUGA